CCUCUGCUCCUGGCUGUUUUUGGAUCAUCUUUUAAAGCGGAUUGAACCACCGAGUUGCGUUAACUACAACUGCCUUACAAAACAACGUUUUUAUUCCAUUAAUUUAAAAGGGAAGACUGCUCUGUAUAGUCGUAAAUACGUAUACAACGAGAUAUACAGUGAAAUGGCAGUUGCGUACUCUCUUUGUAGGGAAUCCCUUGUGUUCUUUUCCCUCUGAAUUUGAGAGAGUGCAUUGAGACCGAGAGGUGACUGCUGUCCAUUGAAGCAAGAAGCCUCAUGUUUUCACCAAGCCAGGAGGAGCAGUGCGCCCCUACAAAAGACCCCAUAAAAUACGGGGAGUUGGUAGUAUUAGGGUACAAUGGCUCCCUCCCGAACGGAGACCGGGGCCGAAGGAAAAGCCGCUUUGCCCUGUACAAGAGAAGCAAAGCCAACGGUGUUAAACCCAGCACCGUCCAUAUCCUCAACACACCACAGGCCAGCAAGGCGGUGAACUGCAAAGGGCAGCACAGUAUUUCCUACACUCUGUCCAGGAACCAGACAGUAGUGGUGGAAUACUGCCAUGACAAAGACACAGACAUGUUUCAGAUUGGCCGCUCCACAGAGAGUCCCAUAGACUUUGUGGUGACGGACACUGUGUCUGGGGGUCAGGAGGGAGAGGAGACGCCCAUCACCCAGAGCACCAUCUCGCGCUUUGCCUGUCGUGUCGUCUGUGAGAGGGUCCUGCCCUACACCGCCCGCAUCUAUGCUGCUGGCUUUGACUCCUCCAAGAACAUCUUCCUGGGGGAAAAAGCCGCCAAGUGGAAGAACCCGGAUGGUCACAUGGAUGGGCUGACAACCAAUGGGGUGCUGGUGAUGCACCCCAGGGGUGGGUUCACAGAGGAGUCCAAGCCGGGUGUAUGGAGGGAGAUCUCUGUGUGUGGAGAUGUUUACACCCUGAGAGAGACCCGUUCUGCUCAGACCCGCGGCAAACUGGUGGAGUGUGAGAGCAACGUGCUGCAGGACGGUUCCCUGGUAGACCUAUGUGGCGCCACCCUGCUGUGGCGCACAGCUGAUGGCCUCUUCCACACACCCACCCAGAAGCACCUGGAGGCCCUGCGGCAGGAGAUCAACGCAGCGCGCCCCCAGUGCCCUGUGGGCCUCAACACCCUGGCUUUCCCCAGCAUGCAGCGCAGCCGCGCCCUCUCCUCCCUGGAGGACAAGCAGCCCUGGGUCUACCUGGCCUGUGGCCACGUGCACGGCUACCACAACUGGGGCCACCGCUCGGAACAGGAGCCCAGCGCCCAGCGGGAGUGCCCCAUGUGCCGGACCGUGGGCCCCUACGUGCCGCUGUGGCUGGGCUGUGAGCCCGCCUUCUACGUGGAUGUGGGCGCCCCCACACACGCCUUUGUGCCGUGCGGACACGUGUGCUCAGAGAAGUCGGCAAAGUACUGGGCGGAGAUCCCUCUGCCCCAUGGCACCCAUGCCUUCCAUGCCGCCUGCCCAUUCUGUGCCACCCAGCUCUGCCUCACCCAGGGCUGUGCCAAGCUCAUCUUCCAGGGCCCCAUUGACUGAGCUGCAGGGCCCUGGGGUGGGGGAAAGAACGAGGCAGGAGGGCCAACAUGCUGUGAAACUGUUCAGACUAUUUAGUGCUUUGUUUUUUUAUCACCGACUGUAAAGGGGAGGAACGCUUCACAAGGUUGAUGGUGUACUACAACAGUAUGUUCCACGUUUCCGUGGAGAUGGGCCUGUAGGCAGUGGUCCAUUACACAGUGUUUGGUUUGGGCUUCUGGUCCUCUCGAUGGCCGCUGGUGUAGUGUACACACAGCGAUGUGGACCUAAGGCACAACCACAGAAACCAUCAUACUCUUUAGCUGCCAGCCAUCAGCUUUCAACUCAACUGAGCUAACUCUCUGGACUUUGCAAGCUAAAAUGGCUGCUCAUUUCAAGUAGAAGGGCUACAAAACGUGUUUAUCGAUCAUAAACUCCAAACGGAUUACAGAGAGUAGGUUUAGUUAGGGUAUGUGGGAGUUGGGUGGGUUCAUGGUGGGCCUGAGGUGCAUGAUUUUCACAGAGCCAGACAGCUGGACUGUUGGCUGGGAGGAGGGCUGAGCGAGCCAGCAAGGUUCAUGGGUAACUAGUUAAGUGCUCCCCAUUGGCUCCUCAGCUCUUAUUUGGUUUUUAAUGGUAUCCAGAACAUUUAGCCUUUCCAGAGGUGAGCUGAACUCUGUUCUGUUCAGAGAACAAGUCCUUAAAAGAAAACAAGUGUUUUUCUCUCCUCUUGUACAGAGAUAUAUUCCAGUGCCUGGGGCUCCCAGUAAAACCCUGGGAAUAUUUUUACUAAAUGAAAAAAGCUAUUUUGUUGAGGGUUAUUAAGGGAGGGGAGAAUUUUACAUAAAGUAUAAAGAAAUUUAACCCACAGAAUAUUUUCCAUCUUUUUUAUUCUUUGUUAAGAAGUAUUUUACUACACUGAGGUGUACAGUUUUUUUUUUGUAAAUGAAAAUGUUAAUAUAUUUUUAUCUUGUGUAACUAUUAUGUGCAUGUAGGUUGGAUCACAUGGGUGUGCUUGAAUGUGUCAACACCGGCUCAUACGGAGACAUUAGUCCCUUGACGUAACCACCAAAAGGCAACAACAGGCCACUGACAUCAACCUUGUGGGUCAUGACAAUGAAUCUAUUAAAAUACCUAUUUUCCUCACCAUUGGCACGUUAGCCUAAAUUAUGCAAUUGCUUCGCUGAAUGGCUAGGUCUGUUCCUUCUUAAUAUACUGUAAAACUCUGGUGUCUCGUGAUAUCAGUAAAGGCCUUUGUCAACUCUU